ACGUGAUCUUUUGUCACACAAGUCGUCAACAUGGCGUCUCCCGAUGGGUGCGUGGAACCCCGUGGGUGUUGCAUAAAUGCUCGUCUCGUGAGCGGCCCUUGGUUACUUCUGCUCUGAGACGACAUGGCAUCGCCGCGUGCUUCCAGCGCCAUGGAAGCCGUCACCGAAGUGGACGUCUACAAUCUGCUGGAGCUCGCGUGCAAGUCUGUGUACCGUGCCAAAGACGGGGACUCGCAGCAGUAUGCGUCGAUUCAAAAGAAAUGCGAGGACCUUUUUGCCAAGGACUACCUGUUCAGUGUCAUCAGCAACGAGCAGGGCACCCUUAACGGCGCAUACCCAGCCAACAUAGUCUUCCUGGAACAACCCCUGAGCGGCCACAACGCAGACCCUGUCAUCAGGCCCUGCGCCUCUUCGACACCGCCCUGUGAUGCGGCUCGCUUGCGGGAGCAAAUCCUCAAGGCCCGGAACGCAAGGUGCCGGGCGCGCUUCCCGGUGCCGGUCAUCCUCUACGAAGGAAAGCGCAUCUGUCGGUCGGCCACCCUUUCCAGUGGUCCAGAGAUUUAUGGCCGCUACGGUUAUGAUUAUUUCUUCUCUGAGCAACCACCCGAGGUGGACGUAGCAGCAGACUGUGCCUCGGAGUGCGGAAACGGUCACAAGGCAGAAGAGGGAAACGGCGCCUUGAAGGAGUCGUCAAUCAACCAGUCCUCCAGUGACUGGCAGCUGUUCACCAAAGUGAGGAAGGAAGACAUCCGUCUGCUUCAGAUAAUGUCUGUCAACCUCAUCUGCGACUUCAUGGUGGAGAAGAAGAAAGUAAAGAUGUGGAUGAAUGUGACGUCAUCGGAGAAGGUGGACAAGGAGAACCGCUACAACGACUUUGCCAUCCUUGCACUGCCUUACCCAGGCUGCGAGUUCUUCAGGGGCUACCGGGACAACGAGUACAACGGGGAAGGCCUCGUCUACGACUGGAGCCAGGCAUUUGUUGAUGUUGCCCUCGACAUUCCAGACGACACCAUUUCUUCGCAACUCAACAUUGACUGGAAGAAGUACACCACGUGGGACGUGGUCCGGCUCACUCAGAACUACAUGAAGCUCCUGCUCAAGUACAUCUUCGACGGCAACACGGGGCUGCUGGUGCACUGCAUCUCUGGCUGGGACCGAACCCCUCUCUUCGUGUCCCUGCUGCGGUUGUCCCUGUGGGCCGACGGGCGCAUCCACCCGUCACUGACAGCCAACGAGAUGGCCUACCUGACCGUUGCCUACGACUGGUUCCUCUUCGGCCACCACCUGCCAGACAGGCUGGAGAAGGGGGAGGAGAUUUUUUUCUUUUGUUUCUACAUGCUGAAGCACCUUGACUCUGAAGACUUCUCCAUUCUGACACUCAAGGGGAAUCGGGAAAGGAGGAACACCUCCGACAGCAACUUUGAGCACAUCCUGCUUGAGGAAGAGCGGCUGGGCAGCAACACGAGCCUGAACAGCAGCUGCAGCUCGGUUAGCAGCAGGGACCUGCCGCCAGCCGUGUUCCCAGUUCCAGAUUCGGGGGACGAGAGCUUGUCCUUCGGAAACGGGAACUAUGUGUACCACGGUGCGAGCGGCACCCCCCCUACGCUGACCAACAGCAGCGAGAACGGAUCUCCGCUGCAGCAUGGCCGCUGCUUUGCCCCUCCCAGCAGUCCCGUUGCGGUGCCAACGUCCCUCAGGCAGCGCUCGGAGAGCUCCUCGUCUGUCUGCGCUGGGAGUUGGCAGGUGAUCAACGGCACCGGAUCGGUGCGCAGUUCCGUGUCCGCCAGGGACGCAGUGAGCUCUCCCACCACGCUGGAGCUGAACAGGAAUGCAUCGAGCAGCCGCAGCAGCCUCAACGGCCGUCACCUGGAAGACAAGGCAGACGGUCCCUUGCAGCGCGCCGUCCUGCUAAAUCGCCGUCGUCAGCGGCUACAGGACGUACGCAAGGUCAUCGACAACACCUACAAAACCAUCAUUGCCGGCCGCUUCUCCGGCGGGAGAGCAGACGGACUCGGCGGCUUCCUGCAGAAGAUGGGACUGAGGUCUCCGGCCAAGGCCACCGCCGUCUGACAUCUUGCACGGUCGUAGUGUACUCGCGACCGUUGACCGGGACCCAUUGUGGAGUGCAGCGGAUGUGUCGGCGCAGUCUGGAACAUUGCUCGGUGUGCCCUUUCACAUUCCUGUCGCGCUCCGCAUGUGGGCGGACUCGCCGUUGAUUCCUGCGGCACAUUGCCGGAUUCUGCUGAUGACUUGUCGUCUGUUACGAGGUGCCUGGGACUAACACUUGGAAGUGGGUCUUCGCCGGUUUGCUCACGGUUGCGUUAUUUGGGAAUUGUCUUUCGGCGACGUUCGGCGUUCGAGCUGGGAGCGUGUCGUAGCGUGUCGUGUCUGCCUGAAGAGCGUGCCUGGUUUUGAGGAUUUGUUUAUUUUAUUUGUCCUUUCUUUUUUUUUUUUUUUUGUAAGCUUCUCAUUGUUCGCUUGCAUUGUACAACGGAGAAACGUCACUUACGUGCCACAAAUUUCUGGCAAUUUCCGACGGAGUUUGCUUCUUCAAGGCAGCAGAGAUCUUCGGCGCUUUCGUUGAAGCAACUUUUUCGGCAAUUGUCUCGUUCCUCCUUUUUUUUUUUUUUUGAAGGCCUACUGGUGUUACUCUUUGCAGUGUAAUGAUAGUUGACACUGCUCUGCACUCAUGGUGUCAGGGUAUGAAAUUUAUAAGCAUUUUGUAAAGGAUGUCUACAAGUUUCCAUACUUUUGUCCGUUGCCAGUUCUGAAGCCUCGGCGUGACCUGCCAUGGUAUGGCACCCUACUACCCCAGUUGGAACAUAACAAACUGAGUCAAUCAUUUGGACGGUGUAUUGUGCCUACUGUUCUCAGGCCUGGGCAUACUUCUCACUUCGGUGUAACUGCCAAUAUGAGGUUUUUGUAAGGAUGCUUCGAUGCAAUGUGCCAGAAGGAUGAAUAGUGAGAUCUAGAAUGAUGUCCCGCUUGGUGAGCGAGGACUUUUGGAUUUCUUAGUUGAAGCGGUCAUGAAUGUGGUUCUGAUCUAUGCAGUCUAUGGCGCUCUUGUUUGGUGGACCCUCCAUCUCUGAUUACACCAGAUUAUUUUUAGCAACCUUUUUUUAUGUUAAUGUAGAUUUCUUGCGCACUGCCAUCUCUGUUCGGUCCACUGAACUACAGUGCGAUCCACAUGAAGGUUGACCCAUAUGUGAAUAAAUUCAUUGAUUGAGUA